CAUACCAGAAGAAAUACAAUAUAGCAGCUUUGAAGCCUGAGAAGCUGAACUCAGCAGCCCUGAGCCAUCAGUUUAACUCAGCCUCACUGAAGAUAAUCCCAGACUCUCCACACCCUGGACUUGCUACAGCUCUCUGAUCCUACAAACCUCUUCAGUUCCAGCCAGAAUGCUGCGUCAGGAACUUCACAGAUUUGGUCAAAUGUUGGUACGCAGAUGUAAGCUGGAGGAAAAGAAAACUGAACCUACCCCUCUCAGAUGGCUGAGCACUCUGGAUUUAGUGGCCCUGGGUGUAGACUACACACUGGGUGCAGGUGUGUAUGUCCUGGCUGGCGAGGUGGCUAGCAAACAAGCAGGACCAGCCACUGUGAUCUGCUUUUUGGUGGCUGCCCUAUCUUGUGCAUUGGCUGGGCUGGGCUAUGCAGAGUUUGCUGUCCGGGUUCCCCAUUCUGGCUCUGCAUAUCUCUACACCUAUGUCACUAUAGGUGAACUCUGGGCUUUCAUCACUGGCUGGAACUUCAUCCUCUCCUAUGUUGCGGGCACAGCCAGUGUAGCUCGGGCAUGGACAACAGCUUUUGACUACCUGAUUGGAAACCAGAUAUCUAAGACCCUGCAUGAGAGAAUCUUACUGCAUGUUCCCCAGGUCCUUGCAGAAUAUCCAGACUUCUUUGCUAUGGGCCUAGUGCUGUUGCUCACAGGAGCACUGACUCUGACGGCUAGGGAGUCAGUAUUAUUUACCAAAGUGAUCACAUUGGUGAGCCUUUUGAUUCUCGGCUUUGUCAUCAUCUCUGGAUUCUUUAAGGGAGAACUGCACAACUGGAAACUCACAGAAGAGGACUAUGUAAAGGCUGGACUCAAUGACACAUUAAGCUUGGGCCCCCUGGGCUCUGGAGGAUUUGUGCCUUUUGGCUUUGAGGGGAUUCUCCGUGGAGCAGCUACCUAUUUCUAUGCAUUUAUAGGUUUUGACAAUAUUGUUACCAGAACUAAAGAAGUCCAGAAUCCCCAGCGUUCCAUCCCCAUGGGCAUUGUGAUUUCACUGUUCAUCUGCUUUUUGGUGUAUUUUGGUGUCACUUCAGCACUUACACUUAUGGUGCCAUACUACCAGCUCCAACCUGGGAGCCCUUUGCCUGAGGCAUUUCUACAUAUUGGCUGGGCCCCUGCCUACUAUGUUGUGGCUAUUGGAGCUCUGUGUACUCUUUUUACUACCAUCUUGAAUGAUAUGUUCUAUGCGCGUCGGGUGAUCUCCAUGGUGGCAAAGGAUGGCCUCCUGUUCCAUGUCCUCACCAGGACCUACACCAGCAGACACAUCCCCAUUGUGGCCACUGUGGUCUUGGGCAUUAUGGCAGCAGUCAUUGCAUUCUUCUUUGAACUCAUUCAUCUUGUGGACUUCGUGUCCAUUGGGACCCUGUUUAAUCAUUCCCUGGUGGCUGUUUGUGUUCUCAUCCUCAGAUACCAGCCUGAGAGGAGGAAUGGGGGAAAUGAAUCUGUGGUGCAGGAGGAGAAUGGACAUGGAGUAGAAAGGCUGACUCUACAGGGACUACUUUUUCCAGGCAGCUCCACCCCCACUCCACUCUCUGGCCGGGUUGUCUAUAUUUGCUCCUCAGUGCUUGCUCUGCUGCUCACUCUUCUUUGCCUGGUGCUGGCCUGGUGGCCAGUUCUGCUUUCUGGAGACCCAGUGUGGAUUUCAGUGGUUGUGGUUCUCCUGGUGCUCAUCACUGGACUCACUGGGGUCAUCUGGAGACAGCCACAGAGCUCCAGUCCCCUUCCCUUUAAGGUCCCUGCUCUGCCUCUCCUCCCACUACUGAGCAUCUUCAUGAAUGUUUACCUUAUGAUGCAGAUGACAGCUGCCACCUGGGCCCAAUUUGGUGUCUCCAUGCUGAUCGGGUUUGCUAUCUACUUCAGCUAUGGGAUCCAGCACAGCCAAGUCGCUAACCCCACUUAA